AAAACUUUUCUAUGAGAGAAGGUAAAGGGGAAACGUUUGCAAAUGAUGAAGAGGUUCUCGAGGGACUAGAACCAAAUCCGCGUCUCAAGGGACUGGAAAUAUAUAAUUACAUGGGAACGGUUAUUUCUCCAAGUUGGAUGGUCAAUUUAGAGAACCUUGUUGAAAUUAGAUUUUUUCGGUGUAAGAAGUGUGAGCAUAUUCCAACACUUGGGAGAUUGCCCAAUCUUAGGGUCAUUCACUUGUUGUUCAUGCUUUCUUUGAAGUACUUUUAUGAUGAUGACAAUAACAUGUCAGAAGACACCGCCAAUAUGUUUCUUUGUUUACAGGAAUUAAACAUCGUCACUUGUCCGAAUUUGGUUUCCUUGCCCGGUAAACUUCCAAAACUUAAGGUUUUGAGACUAAAUGAGUGCAAUGAAUUAGUUUCUUUACCGGAUGAGAUGCAAAGUUUUAAGGAUAUGAAUCAACUUGUGAUACUCGGAUGUCCAAAGUUAAGUGAAAGAUGUGAAAAAGAUAUGGGUAUAGAAUGGCCUAAAAUUUCUCACAUUCCUAAUAUCAGAACCGACCUCAUGGCCCUCUGAAGAUGAAGAUUAAGAUGAGGGUUGGUGACUUACUUUAGCAUGGUGUUUUAUCUCAUGGUUUCAGUACAGGGGCGGAUUCAGAGGUGCUUUGUAUGAUUUGAAGAAUUAGUGAAAAUCUAUUAAAAGAAACCCUGUGCAAAAAGUUUCGAAUCCGAGACUGAUUCAGUAUUUAGGUCUUACCUCAUGACAUGCACCAAAAUCUGGCACUCUAACGAACACAAGGUAACACUUGCUCAUGUGCAGAUUUUAUGUUUUGGUUUUUGUUUACUUUUGCAUUCGUGGAAUGAAUAUGUGGUGUCUUCUUGUUCAUGAGACAAAGCUUGUCGAUUAGGGAUCACUUAUGGGUUCAAAGUUACGUUGUAUAAGCUUUUUUUUUUUUUUGUAUAAACUUUUUUUUUUACAAAGCAAUGGCAGGUAGUCGGGCAACAAGUUGCGCCGCCACCCCCUUAAAAUGAGUUAAGAUCAUGUAUAUUUUGUUUUACGGUGUUUGUUCCAAUGAAAUUAUAUGUUGUUCAUAGUUGUCUUUAUCAAUGUUUUAAAAACCGGUUUAAACCGGCCUAUAGUACCGGUUGAACUGUCCGGUAAAACCGGUUAAACCAUCCGGUACGGUAUAAAAACUGGAUUUUGAAACAUUGGUCUUUAUAUAUAAUUACGUUUUGAAGCUUUCCAGUGAAUACAUAUGUAUUAUUUGAUGGAAAAAGACUCAAAUCCUGGA